GGGGAGAGAAACGCUGGUGCAGAGAAUCACCCGUUCUCCCCGUAUUCGCUCUCUCUCUCCGAACGCAGUGCGUGCGUGUCCCAGGGCGCGAGGCUCCGCGGCACGCGGGUACAUACACACGCACACACACUGAACCGAGAGAGGGAAGAAUAAGGAAGAACUCGCAAGCACAUUUGGCUCUCUCCGAUUUGCUUAUAAAGCAUCAGAUAUUUGAUCGCUACGGGUCUGUCUGGGAAUACAAAACAAACGCGUAUGGAAAUCGGAGGGUGAAUAAACAACUCGCGCGGGUCUAUUAUCUUUCCUGCAUCUCAUGUAUAAAAACCUAAACUAAUGCUGGCUGGGAUACUACUGACGCUUUCGACACGCACUGUCUCCGUUAACACUCUUCCUGCCGCUAUCCCCAAGACUGACUGACUUCACAAUCGGACGGAGCACCAUUACGCAGAAGUUUGUCACCCAUUAAGGAAUGAUGAGGCACCGUGAUAUAUCCUCAUGCCUCUUGCUGUGCUUUCAGUGUCUAGUCGUCAUGGUGAUACUGCUCUGCAAUGUCCACCAUGUGACAGCAGAACAUGCUCAAGACCAUGGCCUGGAUCAUAGUUCUCCUGCCAACAAAUCUCUGACCUGUGGUGGUGGGCCACCCUUAUGUGCCCCAGGAGUCAUCCUUCCAGUGUGGGAACCCCAAAACCCUUCCUUUGGGGACAAGGUGGCUCGGGCAACAGUUUACUUUGUGGCACUGGUAUACAUGUUUCUUGGAGUGUCGAUUAUUGCUGACCGCUUCAUGGCAUCUAUUGAAGUCAUCACCUCUCAGGAGAAGGAGAUCACCAUUAAGAAAUCAAACGGUGAAACAACCACCACUACUGUACGCAUCUGGAAUGAAACCGUGUCCAACCUCACCCUAAUGGCUCUGGGGUCAUCUGCUCCUGAAAUUCUGCUCUCAGUCAUUGAGGUGUGUGGCCAUAACUUUGAAGCCGGUGACCUUGGACCCUCUACCAUUGUAGGAAGUGCAGCUUUUAACAUGUUUGUCAUUAUCGGAAUCUGUGUCUACGUGGUUCCUGAUGGAGAGCAUCGCAAAGUAAAGCACCUCCGUGUUUUUUUUGUCACCGCCACUUGGAGCAUCUUCGCCUACCUGUGGCUCUACCUGAUCUUGGCUGUUAUCUCACCGGGUGUUGUCCAGGUGUGGGAAGGACUUCUCACACUUUUCUUCUUUCCCAUUUGUGUGGUCUUCGCUUGGGUUGCUGACCGCCGCCUCCUAUUUUACAAGUAUGUUUACAAGCGUUACCGAACUGGCAAACACCGUGGCAUGAUCAUUGAGACUGAGGGUGACCGUCCUCUGCCAUCCAAGGUGGAUAUUGAGAUGGAUGGGAAGAUGUUGAACUCUCAUGCGGUGGACUUCUUGGAUGGAACUCUGGCUUUUGACCUGGAGGAUAAGGAUCUGGAUGAGGAGGAAGCCAGGCGUGAAAUGGUGAAGAUCCUUAAAGAACUGAAGCAAAAACAUCCAGAUAAAGAGGUGGAGCAGCUGAUCGAACUUGCUAAUUAUCAGGUGCUUAGCCAACAACAGAAGAGCCGUGCAUUCUACCGAUGCCAAGCGACACGUCUGAUGACCGGCGCAGGUAAUAUUCUAAAGAAACAUGCAGCAGACCAGGCUCGGAAAGCAGUAAGCAUGCACGAGGUACGCAGCGACACUGGAGAGAACGAUCCCAUUUCUAAGAUCUUUUUUGACCCUGGCUCUUACCAGUGCCUGGAAAACUGUGGAACUGUGGCAGUGAAUGUUGUUAGACGUGGAGGUGAUCUCAACCAGACAGUGUCUGUGGAAUUCCGCACAGAAGACGGGACCGCAAACGCAGGCUCAGACUACGAAUUCACUGAAGGCACCGUUGUUUUCAAGCCAGGCGAGACUCAAAAAGAGAUUCGAGUUGGAAUUAUUGAUGAUGACAUCUUUGAGGAGGACGAGAACUUCCUUAUCCACCUCAGCAACGUUCGGAUGCUUCAUGAAGAUGCCGAGCCAGAGACCGCUGAAGCUAAUCAUGUAGGGACUAUUGCAACACUUGGUUUGCCCUCCACAGCUACAGUCACCAUCUUUGACGAUGACCAUGCCGGAAUCUUCACAUUCGAGGAGCCGGUGACCCACGUUAGUGAGAGUGUGGGUGUAAUGGAAGUGAAGGUCCUGCGUACAUCCGGUGCACGUGGGGUGGUGUCAGUGCCAUAUAAAACCAUUGAGGGAACUGCGCGUGGAGGAGGAGAGGACUUUGAAGACAGCCAUGGUCUUCUGGAGUUCCAAAAUGACGAAAUCUUGAAGACGAUAACAGUAAGGGUUCUCGAUCGAGAGGAAUACGAUAAGCAAUGCAGCUUUUACAUUGAGCUACUGACGCCACUGUGGAGGAGGAGAGGAUGGACAGUAUACAGAGAGGAGGAGAAAGAGGCAGAGCAGGAAGAGCAGGAGCCUCUGACAGGCGAAGAGGAAGAGGAACGUCGUAUCGCUGAGAUGGGGAAGCCAAUGCUCGGAGAUCACCCCAAACUGGAGAUCAUCAUUGAAGAGUCCUAUGAAUUCAAGAACACUGUUGACAAGCUGAUUAAAAAGACAAACUUGGCACUUCUAGUUGGCACCAACAGCUGGAGGGACCAAUUCAUUGAGGCAAUUACAGUCAGUGCUGGUGAAGAUGAUGAUGAGGAGGAAUGCGGAGAGGAGAAGCUCCCGUCCUGUUUUGAUUAUGUCAUGCAUUUCCUCACUGUCUUCUGGAAAGUUCUCUUCGCCUUCGUCCCACCCACCGACUACUGGAACGGGUGGGCAUGUUUUGUGGUGUCAAUCCUCAUGAUUGGCCUUCUGACAGCGUUCAUCGGAGACCUGGCAUCCCACUUCGGCUGCACCAUUGGACUCAAAGACUCUGUCACUGCAGUGGUGUUUGUGGCUCUUGGCACUUCAAUUCCAGACACCUUUGCCAGCAAAGUGGCUGCAAUACAGGACCAGUACGCCGACGCAUCCAUUGGAAAUGUGACGGGGAGCAACGCCGUGAACGUCUUCUUGGGCAUCGGAGUAGCGUGGUCCAUCGCCGCCAUCUAUCACAACUCCAAGGGCCACGAGUUCAAGGUGGAGCCGGGUAACCUGGCCUUCUCCGUUACCCUCUUUACCAUUUUCGCCUUCAUCUGUGUAGCGGUGCUCAUGUACCGGCGCCGGCCUGACAUCGGCGGCGAGCUGGGGGGUCCGCGGACUGCUAAAGCACUGACCACCAUGCUUUUCAUCAGCCUCUGGCUCCUCUACAUCCUGUUCUCCUCUCUGGAGGCUUACUGCCACAUCAAGGGCUUCUAAAUGCACAUUCACACUCAUAUCUACAAACACACUCAGAACUACACUCCUCCACACAGUGACAUACAUGUUCAUGCAUUCUGGGGAAAAUACGUGAAGAACACGGAAAAGGUAAUAACUAAUGACUGCAGAGAAAGGUAAAUGCUGCAAACAAGUUUUUGGGUUUAUGUGGAUAAUAAUUUCCACAAACCAUCGGUCAGUUCUUCUGUCAUCUACACACGCCACUCCUUUAUUCAUCUUCCUCUGUUUAUUGUGUGUGUUGAAUGACUGCAUCUGAUUGGACGGUCUUUUGCUGACUUGAAGAGGCGUGACCACAGUGUUCAAACAUCAACAAAUAAGAUUAUCAAAGCUACUAUUGCUACCUUUAACUACUGUAGUUGUGCUUUUUGAAAUAUAAAAACAGUGUAAAAGCCAAUUGAAGUGAAUAGCAGCCACUUGGAUGUGGAGGAACUGUGGAAUCUGUAAGCUUUUUUCAUUAUGCCAUGGAAUUCUGGGUAAUGUAGUUCAGUGGCUUUGAUAUAUUUUUAGUCUUUAUGGGAAUUUUGGUCGAGUUUCUUGAGGUGGCAGAGAUACCGUACAUACUGCCCUGCAAAGCCAAAACACAAUAACGACAACAUUGAAACUGAGAAAAUUGGCUAAGUUAUGAAAGUCUCACGCUGUUUUCUUUAAAUCUGAGCAGUUGCACCAAACCUGUCUGUCAUUGGGAGGGUCAUUGUGUAAGAGAACAGUUUCGAUCAUAACUCAAUUUUGACAAAAUGUGUAGUUACUGCAUUUUGGUUUUGCAGAGCAGAAUACUCCUAGAACUUGCAGACAGACAAAAUUACACAACUUCUUUUGGUUUACAGAUUAUAAGCACAUUUCUUUUUUUUUUACCUGUUUUUUUUUUUUUUUAACACAGUUUGACCUUAAAUUAAAAUGGUCCUAACAAAAAGUGGUCAGCUGCUGCCUUUGACAUCCUCCUAAACAGCUUAAUGAUGUUGUCAAGAGCACUUUUUAUCCCACUUGCACUGGUGAAGUUAGUUUCCUACGUUUUCAGCAACAGUUCAGUUCAAAAAGUAAUCAGUUAUAUAAUAAGGAGAGUGAAGUAAAGACAGCUGUAAUCUCUCCCAGCUUUAGAGACCAGAGGUGCACAAAACUUUAAUUGAAGAGCCUUGAUCUGGCAUUCUUAAAGAUUUUAUCAUGCCAUUUUAAGAGCUCAGCAUUAAGGGAUUCCUGCUGAAAAGACCAGCUUGGCAUGAAUUGCCAUGAUGGUCAAGGUUGGUUAAUACUGGUCAACCAGCAUAACUGUCCAAAUCUUCUUUUUUUAUUAUUUGUCAGAACAGAUUCAGAAGGACCGGGUGAUGCAGAGAGAAAAAGUUUGUUUAUUAAAUGAGGGGAAAAAAUAGAAUCCACAAGGCAAAAAAUAUAGUCCAGAGGGUGGCAAAAAUAAAGUUCAAAGCACGCUGGGGAAAAAACAAGGAUAAUCCACUCUAAGGAUAUGGCAGUGAAUAUCACAGAAAACAAAAAGGCAAAAAUCCCAGGAGGCAGGAACAAUGGCGAGUGGUAACAGGUAGUCAGUCCACAAGCAGACUGCAACGCUGAAGAAAAGUGUGCACGGAUGGAACCAAAGCAUCUGGUUCUUGGGAGGGGAACAGAGGAGGCUGGUAGCCUAAACAGCACUGGAAGGGUGACCCGUAGACGAUACUGGCAACGAGUUGUGAGCAUAUUCUUCCCAGGUGAGCUUGGAACUCCAAGUCGAUGGCUCUCGAGAGGCCUCGCAAUGCAGGACCCACUCCAGACACUGGUUGGCUCGCUCAGCUUUCCUGUUGGUCUGGGGAUGGAACCCAGAGAACAGACUAACAGUCGCAACCCUGUCAGAGACCACGUCUGUCAGGAGGCCAUGGAUGCGAAACAAGUAGUCUGUUGCAGUAACCGCUGUCUCCCUCGCUGAUGGUAAUUUGGGGAGGGGAAUAAAAUGGACCGUCUUCGAGAACUGGUCCACCACAGUCAAAAUGACUGUAUUACCAUUGGACGGGGUAAGCCAGUAACAAAAUCCAAGGCAAUAUAAGGCCAGGGUCUCAAAGGGACCGGCAGCGGUUGAAGGAGCCCUGCAGGGGGCCAACUGGAAGACUUGUUACUAGCACAAACGGGACAAGCCGAGACAAACUGACAGUCAUCCCACGCCAUCGUGAGCCACCAGAAUCGCUGCUUAAUAAAUGCCUGAGUGUGAAUCGCCCCCGGAUGACAGGUGAGAUUGGAGGAGUGGCCCCACUGAAAGACGUGAGUUCGGACCACCCCAGCAACAAAUAACAGGUUCGCUGGACACUCCGUGGGAGUAUUAACAUCACGUAAAGCCGAGCAGACUUUGGCCUCGACUUCCCAAGCCACCGCUGUAACCACCACAGAGGGUGGAAGAAUGGUGUCCUGUGAAGCCGAGGUGCUCUCAGUUUCAAAAGAUCGAGAAAGAGCAUUGGGUUUACCAUUCUUCGAACCGGGGCGUUACUAUAAUACAAAGUCAAAUCAGCCAAAGAAGAGUGCCCAGUGAGCCUGUCUGGAAUUUAGUCUCUUUGCAGUCUUGAUGUAUUCAAGGUUCUUGUGGUCAGUCCAAACAACAAAAGGGAACCCCUCUAACCAGUGUCGCCACUCGCCCAAAGCCAGCCUGACUGCCAGUAACUCACGAUUACUAAUAUCGUAAUUUCGUUCUGAUGGAGAGAGACGAUGAGAAAGUAGGUGCAGGGGUGCAACCUCUGACUUCUGGAACAAAACACAUCCGACCCCGACGCAUCAACCUCCACUACAAACUGACGAGACAGAUCAGGAUUUAUCAGGAUGGGUGCUGAAAUAAAGCAGCACUUUAUCUUUUGGAAUGCAGUCUCAGCCUGCGUUGACCAAACAAAUAGUGUCUUGGUGGAGGUUAGAUUCAUCAGAGGUGGGGCGACCUGGCUGAAGUUCUGAAUGAAACGCUGAUAGAAGUUGGCAAACCCCAGUAACCGCUGGACUGCCUUGUGAGAGUCUGGGCUUGGCUAACUCUCAAUAGCCUUGACCUUAUCGGGGUCCAUUCGGACACCAUCAGGCAAGAGCAUGAACCCCAGGAACGAAACCAACUGUGCAUGGAACUCGCACUUCUCCACCUUGAUGGACAGUCGAUUCUCCAGCAGCCUCUGAAGCAAUCGUCUGAUGUGCUGGACAUGGUCAUUAAUGUCACACGAGAAAAUCAGAAUGUUGUCUAGGUAUACAAACACGAAUUGUUUGACCAUGUCCCAGAGCACAUCAUUGACGAGUGCUUGGAAGAUGGCCAGGGCAUUGGACAACCCAAAAGGCAUAACCAGGUAUUUGAAGUGCUCAGUGGGUGUAUUAAAAGCCAUCUUCCAUUCGUCCCCCUCUCUUAUCCGGACCAGGUGGAAAGCAUGCAUAGAUCCAACUUCGUGAAGCAGGAGGCCCCCUGCAAGAUUUUGAAAGCUGAAGACAUCAAAAGCAAGUGAUGUCAUUCAGCCCCUGAUAAUCUAUGCAGGGUCUUAAGGAGCCAUCCUUCUUCCCCUCGAAGAAGAACCCUGCCCCAACUGGAGAAGAAGAGGGACGAAUGAUACCUGCUGCUAGAGAAUCACUGAUGUACUUAUUCCAUGUCCUCAGAGUAAUCAGAGAUGGACAUCUUAUCUUGGCUUAGUUCUGACAGUUCUCUGGCCACCUUCGUACCUGUGGCAGCCCGGUCGAACACCUCGCAUAACUCUUCAGAGAAGGCCUUGAAGGUGGAGCAGCACAUAGUUUCCUGUCCCAGACUGCCGUAUCCCAUUCACGAGCCUGUCCGGCAAGCAGAGAAUCCACGAACGCCACCUUAGACUCUUCAAUGGGAAAGGAUGAUGGUUGCAAAGAAAACGAGAGUGAACAAUGGGAGAGAAAUGAGUGACAGGUCUUGAGCUCACCUGAAUAUGGCGCAGGUGGGUUGAGGUGGGACUCGUGCAACCUAGUUGGAGCUGUAAAGGCGGGUGGUACAGAAGCUGGGACGGCGGUGGUGGUAGAAGUCAUAGGUGGGGGACCAGCAUUGGGAGAGAUGCACAGAUGUUGAAGGCUUGACGUGAUCUCGGCUAUCCGCUCUGCCAUUUUCUCAAGAGCAUGGCUGGUCUGAUUUAAUUGAGUCUGCUGACAACCCAAGAUUGAUUCAUGCUGGAUAAUAGUUUCCUGGAGUGAAAAACUCUGCUGGGUCCAUUGUUGGCUUGUUUGUUAUGUUAGAACAGAUUCAGAAGGACCCAGGGAUGCAGAGAGAAUGCUGAUGACCCAUUCACAAGUUAAAGGGCAACACACAGGGAAUACACAUACGUGUAGAAAAAACUGACAUACGCACCAGAACCAUGACAGAAUUUACAUGCUGGUCAACCAGGUUGGUUAAUGCUGGUUAGUGCUGUUCAGCCAGGCUGGUUAAUGCUGGUUAGUGCUGGUCAACAAGGCUGGUAAUUGAUUAGUGCUGGGCAACCAUGCUGUUUACUGGUGGUCAAUCAGCAUAGGUAUGCAAAACUUAUGUUGAAUUUUCAUGCUGGUUAGUGCUGGUCAGUCAGGCUGGUAAUUGAUUAGUUCUGGACAACCAUGCAGGUUAAUACAACCAGGUGCUGGUAAAUCAGCAUAGUAAUGCAAAACUCUUCCAACAUCCAAAAAUGUUCAUGCUGGUCAACCAGGCCGUUUAUUUGUUAGUGCUGGUCAACCAGUCUGGUUAGUGCUGGUCAACCAGGUUAAUUUGUUAAUGCUAGUCAGUCAGGCUUGUUAAUGCCGUUUUGUGCUGGUCAGCCAGGCUGGUUAAUGGUUAGUGCUGGUUAACCAGCACAGCCAUGCAAAACGUUGCAGAAUUUCCAUGCUGGUCAAAGUUGGUUAAUGCUGGUUAUUCAGGCUGGCUAAUGGUUAGUGCAUUUCAACCAAACUGGUUUAUGCUGGUGAUUGUGGAUAAUAGUUUGUGAUGAUCAACCAGGCUGGUUAAUGUGAAGUGCUGGUCAACCAGGCUGGUUAAUUGUUAGUGCUGGACAACCAUGCUGGUUAAGGCUGGGGAACCAUGCUGUUAAUAGUUGGUGCUGGGCAAUCAGGCUGGUUAAUGCUGGUUAGUUAUGGUCAGCAAGGCUGAUAAAUGGUUAAUGCUGGUCAGCCAGGCUGGUUCAUGCUGGUUAGUGCUGGCUAAUGGUUAGUGCUGGUCAACCAGGCUGUUUAAUGCUGGUUAGUACUGGUCAACCAGCAUGGCCAUGUGAAACUAAGUUGGUCAACCAGCAUGUUCUUUCUGAAGAAGCUGGGUGACCAAAGACAACUAGAUGGUUAAGCUAGUUAAGGCCAUAUGGACCAGUGACCAUAUAACAGAAACAUACUAACUCUAGAAUCCUACCUUAUCUGUUCUAAUCCUUACUUAAAUAUGUCAGGUCUUUAAAUGUAAGACCUAAAAAAAGUACAGCCCCAGCAUCCUAAACACAACAAAUACUGGUGACCAGUCCUUUUCAGAAGGGACAUCCUUAUUUAUUUUUUUACAAUACAAACACUUUAUUGACAAUGCAGUUUGUUAUACUUAGAUUAUUAAUUGAUCUAAUUGAUUUUCAGAUGGAACAUGUAUAAAGUCAAUAGAGUGAAAUUUGUGUAAGAAAUGCUUUUGCCAACAUCACAUCAAGGAGUUUACUAUAAUGACUGUUACUUUCCAUCCAAACAAACACACAUUCAUUAGCACACACUACAACCACAUAAACACUAACUGAACAGCAAAAACAGUGGCCAUACCUGACAUACUUACAAUCUAACACAUGCAAGGAUUAAUAAUGGUGAAAAAAUACACACUCAUCUGUGGAGUUUACGAGGGCACACUCUCCCUCCAACCCUGCUGAGAUUUCUUCUUUGUACUAUGUAGUUUUGCUGUAUACAGAUCUGUAUGGUAAAUAUCAUAGAGUAGCCAUGGUUUUAGGAGCAGCCAUUUUAGACAUAGGCCAGUUUUAAAAUCAGACAUUUUAAUUCUAAUCAGAAUUUGACUCUAAACAUCUUUAGAAAAGCAUGGUUUAAACAAAGAAAAAUGUAUAAGCUUAAAGUUUUCAGAGUAGCUUGGUUUGAAAUUGUGAAACCGCAAUCUUUCACUCUCUUUUGAAUGGAACAGAAUGCAGUUGUCUCAGUAUACAUUGAAGUUCUUUUAACUUAAUACAGCAUCUUAAAAACAUGGCACUCAUGUGCGAAACUGCGAGAUGCGAUGCAGUUGUCAAAGAUGGCAGUCUAAUGCAUUUUUGCAAAGAAAAAAUAUUAAAAAGCAGCGCAUUUGUUGUGAAUGACUACUUUGCUCAGUUUAUACAACAUUUUUCCUAACUGACAAAUAUUAGUAGAUAUGACAUAAAUAUUUUGGACUCUAUAGUGUAGUUUGCUCCAAAUUUGCCAAAGGGAAAAUCUUUCUUAUUGAAAACUGCAGUGUGCCACACAGCCCCUGAAGUGGCUUUUGUACCUCAAAUCUUAAUAUUUUUACCCACACCAAAAAUAUCCUUUCAAAGAAAAAGAGAGACCUUGGUGACAUUUCUUAUGAGUGUUCCUACCUUAUUCGAGAGGUCCAGCCUACACCUCUUUUACUGCAUCUGAGCACCAACUUCCCUUGUGAUAAAGGGAGUGUCUUAAAUGUCUUUAAAAGGAAUUUUGGAAAUUGAAAUGCACAGGGGUUUGGAGUUUGUGUAGCUUGAUUUUGAAAGAGAAGGAAAAAAUGACUAGUUUAUUCUUUUUUUGUUUUAUGUUUUAAUGAAAGGAAAAAUGUGGUACCAGCUCCAGGGUAUUUCGAUAUGAAAGCAAUGACCCUGAAGAAAAUGGCCCACUGUUGCUUGCUAAUUCCAAGCUCCACCUGAAAGACACUACAGAUAAUUAAGAAAAAACAGUCAGUAUAACAGGACAGACUUUUUCUCCUGAAGCCUAAUAUCUAUUCAACCAACGAACAAAAAGAGAUGAAUUUCAAAGGAAUUUGGGUUUGGUGAAACCAUGUGAAUUACAGCCAUACUCUAUGUUCUGCCAACAAGACUUUCACAGACUCUCGCCGAAUGAUUGCACAAUCAAGCCGGAGGUGUGUCUACACUCAUGGGUGUAUGAGACAUUUAAAAUGUACAUGGUCUCUAAGGUUUAUAAUCUAUAUGUACUUGCUUUGGCAGAGCAGUGGUCAACGAAUUUGUGUCUGUACAUCUGCACUCACCACAUGUGGGUGUGCCUGUAAAUCAGGGCAAGACUGUGUUUGACUUUGUGAAACCUAACCCCUCCCCCAUGCCCCACCCCCAUGUUUGCCAUGUCCAUAUUUGGAAUGUUAAUGUGCUUCGUGUUGACAGUGCAUGGAUGCUAACCUGUCUGUAUAUAGUACGCAGAAUUCCCUUCAUUAACAUAGUCGACAGAGGUUUGAAAGCUGUAUAGAUAUUCAGAAUUGUAUUUGUUUGUUUGUUUGCUUGUUUGUUUCAAUUCUCUUGUAAGUUUAAUUUUUGUCUAUUUUUUAUUUUUUUACUUGCACAUGUAUGUUAAAAAGGCAGUAUCUGUCAUUUGGUACAGGAGCACAUAUACUAACAAAAGGAAGCAAUAUAUCAAGGUCAUCUGCUUGGUUGUUGCUGUGGUUGUAUUAUUUAACAGAAUAAGAUAUUUUGUCACUAAACAGUUCAGAUAUAUAUGUAUAUACUGUACAGUAGAAAGAAGACAGAGUCGCCGCUCUGGCAUUAUCACAGAGAGAAUACAGCAUAUUUAUUUGAGACCUUUACGAACUUAUAACAAAUAUUGCCUUUUGGAUUUAUUGUUGCAUAGAGCUUGUUUUGUUCUAGUUUUUCACUGAGCAGUGUGUGUGUGUGUGUGUGUGUGUGUGUGUGUGUGUAUAUAUAUGUGUGUGUUUGCCUGGUCUGGAGCAGUAUGUGAUAUUGGUAAGAAUUAAAGAAAUAGUCCACCCAAAAAAUUUACAUUCUAUCAUUAUUAACUCGCUCGUGUUGUUCCCAACCCAUAGGGCUGUCCUGCACUGAAUUCAGAACAACUUGAUCUCAUGAAAACUACGUGUCCACGUAUAUUACACGUGCUUUAUUACACGUUUCGCUGCAGUUUUCCAGUGAAAUGUCCAGUGGGGGCCACCAAAGGCGAGUGAAAUGGUGUCGUAAUCAUACAAGGUUUUAAGUUGAAUGUUAGAUGGAGGUUUUAAUGGGUAAAAUGUACUCCCUAACUUAAAACUUCAACCUAAACCUAACCAAUAGUGUCCUUAAAGCAAAUGAGAGGUGAACAAAACAGACACCCUCACCCUAAAACAACACUUAAACCAUAGCCAAAAGUGUCCUAAAAGCAAAUGAGAAGUAAACAAAUCAGACAGGUCAACCCUAAACCAACACCUAAACCUAACCGAUAGUGUCCUUAAAGCGCAUUUUCUGAAGCAACCACAUCAUUUUGUGUCGCUUCUAUGGAACAUUCAUCUCACGUGUCCGCUUGCACGCUUGACUGGUCUCGAACCGCAUAUUUCGGAGGGUGAGUAAAUAAUGGCAGUAUUUUGAUUUUUGGGUGAACUAAUCCUUAGAGGAAACAAAUAAUCCUUUAUUUAUCUGCUCUGUGUCUGUAAACCAUCUUGCAAAGCUCUGUGAACCAUCUGGAAAAUAUCUGUAAAACGUUGGGAGAAUGUGUGUGAAACGUCAGAGUAAUGUUUGCCUUGUGUAUGUCCUCUACCCCCUCUCUCUUCCUCACUACUCAGAUGGACUGUAGUUUUUCAGGGGUUUAAUACUAAUCUUUGAUAAUAUUAUUUCCUCCUCCCCUCUCUCUCUUUUUCUUUCUUUCUUUCUCUCUCCCCCCUAACUCUCCAAUCCAAGGCCUCACUAACAUGUUGCAUUGAUGUGUCCAGUGCUGAAAUUAUGUGGGCUGUAAGUUGUAAACAAAUGCAGCAGUGUUUGUGUAAAGACGUUGCUGAAAUUCCUGAACAGUGCAUAUACCUGUCUGUGUGUAUACGAUUACAUUGUACUUAUUUAUAUGGUAUAAAUUUAUCAAAUUUAUAAAGGUUUGCAAACCAAUUUCAUCAACAUGGCAGAAAGCUCUCAUGCCAAAGCAGGACUGAAUGUAAUGUGUGUUAACAUAAUAGCUGGUCUAAAUGAAGGAAGUUUCAUUAUCUUAUCUGUCUUGUACAGAUCGAGGGGCUCAAAUCAUUGUGUGUGUAUGAUUACUGCAAGCUAACGCUGAGAGUCAUGUUAAUGCAAAGUGUGUAUGGCCUUGCAGCAUAGUGUGUCUUACACUGUUCUCUGUCAUAUAGGCUUAUUAAAACGGUCUUGAUUUUCCUCCUAACUCGCUCAAUCUUAUCUAUCUCUCUUGCAAUUUUUGCUUUGUUUCACGCUUUUUGUUUUGAUCAUUAGGUUGUUUUAAUUUAGAUCUAAAUAACUGAAAAUUAAAAAAAUUUUGUUCUGAUUUUUUGUUUUUUGCAUCUAAUAAGAUGGACGUCCACUAACUGUGAUUGCUCCCUUAGUACACCUCUACACAGGAAAUAAAGUUUGGGAUAUCCUGUUUAGAGCCAAGGGGCUGCAGUGUGUCUCUUUUUAUGAGUAUAGUUCUCCGCAAGCACACACAUUCAUUGCAGAUAACAAGUGUAACAAAGGUGUCACCAGUAAGAUUAUACAGAACCUCUGCAGUUAUAUACAUGCACACAGAUGUUAUUUUGUCAUUUAAGAUCACAUGAAAUGAAAGUUUUGUGGAUUUUAGUUAAUGUCUGUUAGCUUUGAUGCCAUAUGCAGUGUUGGGUGGAUUACUUCUGAAGUGUAAUCUGGUGCUGAUUACAAAUUACUCAACCAAAACUGUAAUCAGUAUCAUAAUAUUUUACACAUUUUUGGUAAUCUAUUCUGAUUACUUUUGUAUUACUCAUUGCAUAUUUCGAUAAGAAUCUAAUCAUUAAUCUUAAGUGUAUAAAGUACCUAUUAACACUCAUUUUAUUAAAGGAAUAUUCCAGGUUCAAUACAAAUUAAGAUCAUCUGACAGUAUUUGUGGCAUAAUGUUGAUUACCACAAAAAAAUUAUUUUGACAUCUCUCCUUUACCUUUAAAAAAGCAAAAAUCGAGGUUACAGUGAGGCACUUACAAUGGAAGUGAAUGGGGCCAAUUUUUGGAAAGCUUAAAAAGGCAGAAAUAUGAAGCUUAUAAUUUUAUAAAAGCACUUACAUACAUUUUUCUGAUAAAACUCAUGUAAUAUUUGAGCUGUAAAGUUGUUUAAAUAGUCUUUUUUAUGGUCGUUUUAGGGUUUAUGCCAUUACCUCACCAUGGCAACGAAGUUGUAAAAUUUACACACAAAGGGUUAGUAAAUUAUUUUAUCACACUAAAAUCAUGUUAACAUGGAUAUUGUUUACAUCUUGUGGCUAGUUUAAGUGCCUCACUGUAAUACUAAUGAUG